UAUUAUGUUGUUAUCAAUCACUUUAAUCCACUUUCAUCUGCAUGUGUCCCUGUGUGAGUGCAGGGUAGCGUUUCAAAUCGGGGAUCUUCUUAUGAGUUAAUUACGGUGAAGUACAUAAUAUAAAAGGUUCAUUUUUAUGUGUUGUGAGCAACUGCCCCUAGUGUAUCAAACUACAGAACAGACGCUUGUACGUCAAUAUAAAGCAAGUGUUCGAGGAGUUGGUUUAAUUUUUAUUCCUCCCACCAAGGCUAGAAAAGAAAAUAGCUCUCUUUUUUCCAGGUCUAAUACUCGUUAUAUGAGUAAACCCCAUGUAUUUUUUAUUAUUUGAUAAACUGAUUCCAAUUGAUUGGGAUUCUGAAUUUCCCUUUAUCAAUAAAAGAGAGCGUGGAUCAAAUAUCUUUUGGGUUCCCAACCACCAUUUUGGAUUUACUCUUUCAUAUAGAAAGCUUGGGAUCCACAUUUCACCCAGAAAUCUAGGCUGAACUUCUAACUUGCCCACUUCAAUUUCGUCCAUUAAUAUCCUUUUUGAAUAAUUUUAACUUCAAGAUCCUCGAGAUUGUGAAGGCUAAAGAGUAUAACAGUGGAAACAGGCAAUGCGUAUUUCAUGUUUUAGAAUUUCGAGAGUUCCUAUUACUGACUACAGUGUUGGCUUUAAACAUGAAAACAACAUGAAAGAAGCCCAAGCCUUGUGAAUAAGUUUUUUUUUUUAAGGGGUCGUUUGGCUGGUGGGAUGAAAUAGAUAAGGAUAUUCCGUGGCAUUAUUUAUUCCACCAUCUAUACUAAAAUGGUGGGAUAAAAUAAUUCUAGGAAUAAAUAAUACCCAUUACCAAACGCAUGAUAAAAUAAUCCCAUGAGAUAUCCCAGGAUUAUUAUCCUUAUACCAUCAACCAAAGGACCCUAAGGGGUCGUUUGAUACGGGGACUAAAUUAUCCCGGGAUUAUAAUCCCAGGAUUAUAGUCCCCGGACUAAUUUAUCCUAUCUGGGACAUCCCAUCUUAUACCAUGCACCAAACGACCCCUAAGAGCUUCGGCAGCGUGUGGUUAUUUGCUUUCAAGUUUUCUAUUGUUUAACAGUCAGUAUAUCGAACUUAAUAACUGCUACGCUACGCCGAAGCACAAACUAACAGUAACAGGGCUUCUAUUUUGUCUACAAGUGGUACAAAGAACAACUUUCCACAACCAUUCACAUUCAACUUUUUAAACUAUAAAAAGCAUGCAGCUUUGCAGCAUUCCAGCAGGAAGAAAAUACAGAUUUCAUUGAAAUCAAAGUAAAAAUAUGGCAAUGAAGAUUCCAUUUUUGCUACCUUAUGUCCCAAUACUGUUAAUUUUAGCGCUAGCGGCAAGGUCUGAAGCGGGAGGAAUUGCUAUCUAUUGGGGACAGAACGGCAAUGAAGGGACACUAGCCGAAACUUGUGCUACAGGGAACUACGAUUUCGUGAACUUAGCAUUUCUUUCAUCGUUUGGCAGUGGUCGAAAUCCAAUGAUCAAUCUAGCAGGCCAUUGUGAUCCAUACACCCCAAAUGGAUGUGUUAACGUGAGUUCUGAUAUAAAAUCUUGUCAAUCCAAAGGAAUUAAAGUUAUGUUAUCGAUUGGGGGAGGAGCAGGUGCAUACUCAAUUGCCUCUUCUGGAGAUGCUAGUCAAGUUGCUACUUAUCUCUGGAACAACUUUUUAGGUGGAAAAUCGCCCUCUCGCCCUCUUGGGGACGCCAUUUUGGAUGGAAUUGACUUUGAUUUAGAGAGUGGUGAAGGACCAUAUUGGGGUGAUCUUGCUAAGAAUCUUGCAAAAUAUAGCAAGAUAGGCAAGAAAGUGUACUUAACUGCAGCCCCUCAGUGUCCAUUUCCUGAUGCUUGUGUUGGAGGGGCCUUGCAAACAGGGCUUUUUGACUAUGUUUGGGUACAAUUUUACAACAAUCCCCCAUGUCAGUAUAAUCAACAAAAUGUGACUAGUUUUCAAGAUUCAUGGAAGCAGUGGAUUUCAUCUAUUCCUGCAAAGAAAAUAUUUCUUGGAUUGCCUGCUGCUCCUGAUGCAGCUGGAAGUGGAUUUAUUCCAGUAGGCGAUUUAACUGCUCAAGUGCUUCCAGCUAUAAAGGGUUCUGCUAAGUAUGGUGGGGUUAUGCUAUGGUCCAAGUAUUAUGAUGAUCAAACUGGUUACAGUUCUUCCAUAAAAAGCCAUGUGUAGAUAUUUGUACUGUUCUCUUAAAAGUUAAAAACAGUAUAUAUUACUCCAUUCGUCUCAAUUUAUAUAAUACACUUUGACUA